GAUCGCUCCUCUUCAGUAAAACCCUAAUCCUCUUCCUCUCUUUCCCUCCGUCGCCGCGAGUGGAGAACGCAGCAGAACAAUGCCUCCAAAGUUUGACCCAUCGCAGGUCGUGGACGUGUUCGUCCGUGUCACCGGCGGUGAAGUAGGCGCGGCCAGUUCCCUCGCUCCCAAGAUCGGCCCUCUCGGUCUCUCCCCGAAGAAAAUCGGAGAAGACAUCGCCAAGGAGACCGCUAAGGACUGGAAGGGUCUCCGCGUCACCGUCAAGCUCACCGUCCAGAACCGGCAGGCUAAGGUCACCGUCGUCCCGUCAGCCGCUGCUCUGGUGAUCAAGGCCCUGAAGGAGCCAGAGAGGGAUAGGAAGAAGACCAAGAAUAUUAAACAUAAUGGUAACAUCUCCCUCGACGACGUGAUUGAGAUUGCAAAGGUGAUGAGCCCCAGGUCGAUGGCGAAGGAUCUCAGCGGCACGAUUAAGGAGAUUUUGGGCACCUGUGUCUCGGUCGGGUGCACGGUGGACGGGAAGGACCCGAAGGACUUGCAGCAGGAGAUUACUGAUGGCGAAAUCGAGGUCCCCCUCGAGGUUACUUGUUGGAAGGUGAGCAGACUCGGAAUCCAACUCCUUCCGUAGACAUGUUUUCUUGUCUGGCUUCUGUGUGUGCCAUUGCCAAGUUUUUUACAUACAAAACACCAAUCAUUUAGGUGGAACUAGCCCUUUGUGUAGCAAUGUAGCCUGCUGGUUUUUAUCAUUCUCAUUUGAUCAGUUCUCCCUUGUUAUUGGUAGCUUGCUUGGCUGUCUGGUUUGUUUGAGUGUUAUUAUACAUGUGCUGCCUCUCAUGGCUCCGACUGCAUGCCCGGCCUUUUGAGAUUGUGGUAUUUGGC